AAUACUCUCUUCCUCCAAGAAAGUCACACCUUUUACCUUUAGUUGGCUAACCAUCUCUCCUCCACAUUCAAGACCCCUCUCUUCAGCCUCUUCUCUCACUUCCCUUCUCCUUCACAAAUUUAUUUCAAAGUCUUUUUGCCUGCCUCUUUCACCAAUUUGAAGUCCCCUUUCCUUCAACACAGCCAUCUCCGUUGUUUCACAAAUUCAUUGCCAUACCUCUUCCUAUAUAUGUCUCUUACAGCCUAGCUAUUUCCUGUGUUGUCUUCCUCAUAAGCUGGGUCAUGUGAGAGUGAAGGUUGUGGGUGCAUAGUGGCCGGUGUUUUGCUCAAGACCGCGCAACGUUUCCAUAUUACACCGCAUCGCUGUACUGGCCUAUCAAUUAGAGGAGCUUCUUCUUUGCAGCAGAAGAGAAGAAAGAGAAGAUCGAGUACUGAUCAAUGGAUAGGUCUGCACGCCGAUGCGCUGCUUAUGGCCUGGCUGCGUGGUCUUGCGCAAGAUAACACCGCUUAUCCGCUCUUCUCUGUGCUUUCACACGCCAUAGCUGUCUUUCCUCUGCUAUCAAAACUUUCUUCUUUCGUUUUUUUUUUAAUAUCCUAUCAUGGCAAAAAAAAUAGCAUCUAUUCUUCUCCUUCCUUUACCACAGGGAUUACAUGGUUUAACCUCGCAAGUGUUUUAUUUAUCUCUUAGCUAUUUCUUUCUUUUCUGUUAUAUUUUCAUAUUACAUGGUUUGCUUGAGCCAAUAUUCUUCGUAUCAUUCAUAGAUGCAGCGCAUUUCUGUAAGAGAAAGGACAAAGACUCGACCUGACGUGGUUUGGAGCAGAAACCUAGCAUCUCGCAGGAUGGAAUUGACGAAGGCAAUCGCCGACAAGGAGGUUAGGAUUUGGAAGACACCGAGGCGGCCACGGCGCGCGCGGAAAGGGAAGGCCCGAUCGCCCGGGAAUUUUGGCCCGAAGGGGCGGGCAGGUCGAUGCUGGCUAGCUGCCGACCCAUCGGGUCACAUCGGAGGCGACAACCAGGCCGGUGAGGGACGGCGUGUGCGCCACGCCGAACGGUCCCCUUACGCCCUUCUCUUUCCUCAGUUGGCAUGUGGGGGCAAAUUCUUUGUAUGGUUCGGGUACGAGAUGAGAUCGGGUUGGACAAAUGUGCGCGUUUGUGCUUCGCCGAGGAAACUCAUUCAUCCUUACGUUAUUUAUUUGAGACAAAAGAAAACGAUGUGGCUUCCGCAUUCAAUCCCAUCCCUUUGUAAUGUUGGUAGUAUUUAUUAGUUUGUCAGAUAUAGCCGGUGCAUAGGUUGAAAUCUGCUGCACUGUGAAAGGUCCAGCUCAUUAUGUGAGUUUUAUCUACAGGGAAAUGAUAACGGUGCUGCUUAUAUCUAUAUAUAUAUAUUAUUUUCUACAUAA